AUGUCGACCUCCCCUCAGUUCAACCUGAGUGCUUUCCCUCACAAAGUUCUCGAUCCGAUCGCCACUCUCACCUCUCCGCCCACAUGCGCCUCCAUCAAGCUUGCCCAACGUCAGCUCAGUGCCAACGCUGCCGCCAUUCCCUCUCUCAAUGGCGGCGGCGCCCACGGCCACAUGGCCUUAACUCUGACCCCCGCGGCCUACUCCGACCUCACCGACGUUCCGUUCGUCAUCCCCGUCGCCCCGCCUGCCGAUCCGGUUCCUGGCACCAUCCAACCGCAAAUCGCUGAGAACAAUCGCAUCCACCAACGCGACAUUGCCGUUCACAGUUUGUACGUUGCCGUCAACAACGCCCUCCGUCAACAGCUUCUCGACGCCAUCCCCCGCGUCUACGUCCGCGAAAUCGAACACGAAAUCUACGCCUACAGCCAUAUCACCUGCCUCGACCUUCUGACCCACCUCUGGACCACCUACGGUACGAUCUCGGCCACCGACUUGAAAGAAAACAUUCAAUCUAUGUACAAGCCGUGGAAUCCUGCGGAUCCCAUUGAAACUGUGUUCCAUCAGCUCGCCGAUGCCAUACGCGUUCUCCAUUGCCGGCGACAAUCCCAUCACCGAAACGGCUGCCGUGCGAGCCGGCUACAACGUCUUCGAACACUCCGUGGUUCCCUUGGCUAUGCCAACCUUCUCUCUGCCACACCCUCCGUGUCCCCGCCUCCACCAUCCGACGCCCUCAGUUUGCCUUUCUCUGCUCUCUCCGUGUCACACGCCUCCGUUGCCACCCCGGCUAAAACCUAUUGCUGGACCCACGGCACCAGCAACAAUCGUCGGCACACCAGUGCCACUUGCCAGAACAAGGCACCCGGCCAUCGCGACGACGCGACGGCCACCAACACUCUUGGCGGCUCGACCAAGGUUUGGAUGGCCCCCAAGCCCCCCAAAUAG